AUGUGAAUCUUCCGCGAAAAUCAUUUUGCAAUCGGUGGAAAGGACACUAGAAGAUAUCUAAACUUCUGACUUGGUUUGGAAAUCUGAUAUUCUGCAAUGAAUGGGUCGUCAGCGGUGGGACAGGCCAAUGGGACUGGGGACGGGGAGAAAGUUGUCAUCCUUGAUGCAGGUGCCCAGUACGGAAAGGUAAUUGACAGACGUGUCCGUGAACUCAACAUAGAGACAGAUAUCUUGCCACUAGAUACUCCUGCGUUUACCAUCAAAGAACGCAAAUAUAGGGCUAUCAUCAUAUCUGGAGGCCCUAGCUCUGUAAACUCCGAGGAUGCUCUACGCUAUGAUCCUGACAUUUUCCGCUGUGGACUGCCAGUGUUAGGAAUAUGCUUAGGCAUGCAGAUGAUGAACAAAGAGUUUAAUGGCAGUGUCCUUCAAAAAGAGGCUCGUGAAGAUGGUCAAUUUAAUAUCACUGUGGAGAACAAAUCGCCACUGUUUAAAGGACUGAAUAAGGAGCAGACGGUACUGCUGACACAUGGAGACAGUAUAGACAAGGUCGCUGAUGGCUUCAAGGUCGUCGCAAAGUCUGGCAGCCUCGUAGCAGGAAUAUCCAACGAAAAGCAGAAGUUGUAUGGAGUCCAGUUCCAUCCUGAGGUUGAUCUCACAGAGCAUGGAAUGGCCAUGUUCAAAAACUUCCUUUUCACAGUGGUCAAAUGUGAGGCGAACUACACCAUGUCAUGUCGAGAGAACGCCUGUAUAUCAUACAUCAGGGGAACCGUCAAAGAUCAAAAAGUUCUGAUGUUAUUGAGUGGUGGAGUGGACUCCACUGUGUGUGCAGCCCUACUUCACAAAGCAUUAAAGGAGGAACAGGUCAUUGCUGUACACAUAGACAAUGGCUUCAUGAGGAAGAAUGAGAGCUCUUCAGUAGAACAGUCCCUAACCAGGAUGGGGCUCAGUGUCAAAGUGGUGCGGGCAGCACACACUUUCUACAACGGAUCCACCUCUAUACAGGUAGACAAGUCAGACCCUAACUCGAGAAAGAGGAAGACAGACACACUGAAUACCACAAUCCACCCGGAGGACAAACGCAAAAUUAUUGGCGACACAUUCAUGAGAGUAGCCAAUGAUGUGAUAGAGGAACUGAAUCUCAAACCAGAGGAUGUUUAUCUAGGUCAAGGCACACUGCGUCCCGACCUUAUUGAGAGUGCAUCAGAGUUGGCCAGUGGUAACGCUGAUGCCAUAAAAACUCAUCACAACGACACAGAACUAGUCCGAGAGCUACGAAGACAGGGACGUGUUGUAGAACCUCUCAAAGACUUUCACAAGGACGAGGUGCGGCAGAUAGGUCGCGACCUUGGCCUGCCCCCUGAGCUAGUCAACAGACACCCAUUUCCAGGACCUGGUCUUGCAAUACGUGUGAUAUGUGCUGAGGAGCCUUACAUGUGUAGAAACUUCGCUGAGACGAACGUCAAGCUGAGAUUCAUUAUUAAUUAUGUUGAUGCCAUAAAAACGCCCCACAAGCUGCUGACGGAGCUAAAGAAUGGGAUGUCUGACGAGGAACAGGAGAAGUUACUGUCGAUCUGUAAAAGUGAUAAUCUCCAUGCCACACUGCUGCCUAUCAAAACAGUAGGGGUGCAGGGAGACUGUAGGAGUUAUAGUUAUGUGGCAGCCCUGUCCAGUAAUGGCAAACCUAACUGGACCAAUCUGAUGACCCUGGCAAAGAUCAUCCCAAGGACCUGCCAUAAUAUCAACAGGGUGGUGUAUGUGUUUGGUGGUGCAGUGAAGUACAGUAUCGAGGAUGUAACGCCGACCUUCCUGACAGCAGGAGUUCUCAGUACACUACGCCAAGCUGACUUUAUGGCCUCUAAGGUUCUACAGGACACAGACUCUUUCAGCAAGCUCAGCCAGAUGCCUGUGGUCAUAACACCGCUACACUUUGAUCGUGAUCCAGUGCUUCACCAGCCGUCAUGUCAAAGAUCAAUCGUCAUUAGGACUUUUAUCACAAACGACUUCAUGACUGGAGUAGCUGCAGUUCCCGGCAAGCAUAUACCAGAGGAGGUGAUCGACAAAAUUGUGGAGAAUAUUCUAACAGUCCCCGGAAUCUCCCGUGUGAUGUAUGAUAUGACAUCGAAACCUCCUGGUACAACAGAAUGGGAAUGAGGCUAGCACGUUACAAUGGCAAUAACAUUACUACUCAUCCAUUGGAGGACUCGCAUGUCUUGCCACCCAUUGGCUGCAAAUUGUGAUUGGUUGUUUGACAUGGAAUCAAUCAUUGGAUGACAUGUGGCUCUGUCACCUUUUGGAUAAUUUGUUUCUGGCCUGUGACUGGUCAGUUACUGUUACAUUAACUGUGAUUGGUUAAUUUAUAUAUGCCCAUAUAAUGGUAUACCAUGGUUACUGCUUACUGUGUGUCUAUGUGUUGAUUUGUGUAGGUACAAAUGUGAUUUAAUGAUUUGUGUGCGUACGGCUGUUCCUAUAUUUCUCCUGGUAUAGUAGACAAGAUGAGAUCAGUUUACAUAACUAACUACAAAGGACGAAGUUCCCCUCAUCCCCUCUAGUAUGUACACAGGAAGUAAUGAAUGUGGAAGGAUUCACUGUUUGUAAGCGUGCAUGGUUGCUCCAUUCUGAGCUGGAUAAGUGCUAUAUGACAUUGUUUUUGGUAUGAUGGCCUGUUUAACUGAACCAGUGAUAUGUUAAGAGUGUAUGUAGGGGACAGGAAUUCUUUGUUUUUUGUGUGUAGCGAUUCAAAGGACUGCUCUAUGUACAACAAGGAAUAGUUUACAUGUAUAUUUGAAUUGUUGCGAACACUUCUUAUGAAUUAACGAAUCAGAUAUACUCGGUGAUUGGCCUAGAUUUUCUUCAGGACUAAUCAGGAUUUCUCAAAGAUAAAUCCAUACAGAAGCAAACAGAUCCCACUAAUGUACAGUUUAUAUUCAGAAUGAGUAAGGGGUAACCACUCCCCAAGAAUAUAUUGGAGAGAUUCAGACCAAGUGGUGGGCAAACACAUCUCACUACCUCUACACAAUCCAUGGGCUCCACUCCUUACACACCUAUCUUCUCUAUACCC